CUCAUUCGUACUGUGCCCCAACUCACCAUGACCACUCCCAAACCUACCAAAGUCCUCAAUGCAGCCAUCGUAGGCUGUGGAGAAGUCGCACAGGUGGUCUGGUUGCCGAGCUUGUCCGUUGCGUCUUACCAUUUCAACGUCACAGCGCUAUGUGAUGUCUCCAAGCAGUCAUUGGAAUUAUGCUCAAAGCGGUUCAACGUGCCGAGGACGUACGACUCAGUCUCGUCCAUGCUAGCAUCUGACACACCCAUCGAUAUUGUCUUUGUUCUGCACAAAGACCAGCUCCAUGCUCGCGAUACCAUCGCUUGCGCGGACGCCGGGAAACAUGUCUUUCUGGAGAAGCCGAUGGCUCAGACUGAGGCUGAGGCAGAUGCGAUUGAAGCUGCUCGAGUGAAGAACAAGGUGGUCAUCUUCAUAGGGUACAUGAGACGGUAUGCGACUGCUCUCGAGGUCUUGAAGAAGGCCAUUCACGGAAAGACCAUUAAAUACGUCCGGGUUAGAGACAUCAUCGGAAACAAUCGCUACUUCACGUCGGAAUCAGGAAUGCAUCAAGAGUAUUUCUCCGACCACCCAGCCGAUGCAGGCAAGGAGAUUCAAAAGCUCACCGAAUCGAACUUGAUCGAAAAUCUGGGUCCAGAAAGCCUCAAAGAUUCAAGAAACCUUCACUCGUUCAGCUUGUUGGGCUCACUAGGCUCCCAUGAUCUCAGCGCCAUGCGAGACGUCAUUGGCAUGCCGGAGAAGUGCCUCGUCGCAACAAGGACUGCCGGAGACGAUGGAAACUGCUGGUGGUGGAGUGCUCUGUUCGAUUACAACGGCUUCAAAGCGUACUACGAGAUGGCCAUUGACGAGGUCGCGUUUUUUGAUGCUCAUAUCGAAGUCUACACCAACGAUACUCGGGUCAAAGUUCAAUACGAUACACCGUACGUCAAGGGACUGCCGAUCAAGGUCACCAUUCAGAAGCAGCUCCCAGACGGGGGUGGAUACUCUGAAGAGACGAUUCGACCGACUUUUGUCGAUCCAUACACCCUGGAACGAAACGAACUCUAUGACGCAGUGGUCAACGGUAAAGAUUAUAAGACCAAACCGCUAGACGCGAAGAACGACAUCAAGCUUGCAAAGAUGAUCAUGAACGCGUUGGUUGAUUGAUGCAGCCAAGAUACCAAGUAUGCAUGAUACAAUCAAUGAGGA